GGCACAAUUAAGCUAAUGCUCUCCACAUACGCAGGCCGCCUCCCUGACUCAGUGGCGGGGGCUGGAGUUGGGGGUUCUGAAGCCUGGAGGAGGGCUGAACCCUGGCCCUCCUCCACGGGCCUAGGAGUGCUGAGCCCAGCUGAAGGAGGAGAAUUAAUUACUGAGUGUCUUCAAGCAGCUCGGCCCGUUUGUGGGCAGCGUGGCCCUGGCCCCCCUGAGCCUCAGGAGGGCAUCACAGUACCUGGCGAGUGGCCAUGGCAAGUGAGUGUGAGGCGGCAGGGGGUCCACCUCUGCAGCGGGACCCUGGUGGCAGAUACCUGGGUCCUCACUGCUGCGCACUGCUUUGAAAAGGCAGCAAUGACAGAACUGAACUCCUGGUCAGUUGUCCUGGGUUCUCUGCAACGUGAGGGGCUGAGCCCAGGGGCCGAGGCGGUGGGGGUGACAGCUCUGCAGCUGCCAAGGGCCUAUAACCACUACAGCCAGGGCUCGGACCUGGCCCUGCUGCGGCUCGCCCGGCCCACGGCCCGCACACCCCUCUGCCUGCCCCAGCCCACCCAUCGCUUCCCUUUCGGGACCUCCUGCUGGGCCACAGGCUGGGAUCAGGACACCAAUGGUGGUAAGUGCCGGCCCGGCCUGAAGCCCGGAGGGGCACUGUGCUUGCCCCCCAGGGUCACACAGCCUCAGCUGGCGACCGUCCCUCUGCGCCACCUCCCUUGCUCCCCACCAAGCCCCUUUCUUCUGGCAGCUCCCAGGACUCUGCGGAAUCUGCGCCUGCGUCUCAUCAGCCGCCCUACCUGUAACUGUCUCUACAACCGGCUGCACCAGCGGCUGCUGGCCAGCCCAGCUCGACCUGGGAUGCUGUGUGGGGGUGCCCAGCCUGGGGUGCAGGGUCCCUGUCAGGGAGAUUCUGGGGGCCCCGUGCUGUGCCGUGAGCCGGAUGGACACUGGGUUCAGGCUGGGAUCAUCAGCUUUGCAUCAAGCUGUGCCCAAGAAGACACCCCUGUGCUGCUGACCAGCACGGCUGCUCACAGCUCCUGGCUGCACGCUCGAGCUCAGGGGGCGGCCUUCCUGUCCCAGAACCCGGGGACCCCGGAGAUAAGCGACGAGGACAGCUGUGUAGCCUGUGGAUCCUUGAGGAGAGGCGGCCCCCAGGCAGGAGCCCCGUCCCCAUGGCCCUGGGACGCCAGGCUGAUGCACCAGGGGAAGCUGGCCUGUGGAGGAGCCCUGGUGUCGGAGGAGGUCGUGCUGACAGCCGCCCACUGCUUCAUCGGGCGCCAGACCCCAGGAGAAUGGAGCAUCGGGCUGGGGUCCGGACUGGAGGAGCGGGGCCUGAAGCAGCUCACCCUGCAUGGGGCCUACACCCACCCAGAGGGGGGCUACGAUGUAGCCCUCCUGUUGCUGGCCCAACCCGUGACACUGGGCCCCAGCCUUCGGCCGCUCUGCCUGCCCUAUUCUGACCACCACCUGCCUGAUGGGGAACGCGGAUGGGUCCUGGGGCUGCCCCGCCCAGAAACAGGCACCAGCUCCCCUCAGACAGUGCCUGUGACCCUCUUGGGACCCAGGGCCUGCAGCCGGCUGCGCACGACUCUCGGGAGCGACAGUGCCCCCGUUCUGCCAGGCAUGGUGUGUUCCAGUGUUGUGGGUGAGCCGCCCCGCUGCGAGGGCCUGUCUGGGGCACCACUGGUGCACGAGGUGAGGGGCACAUGGUUCCUGGCUGGGCUACACAGCUUUGGAGAUGCCUGCCAGGGCCCCGCGAGCCCUGCAGUGUUCGUGGCGCUUCCCGCCUACGAGAACUGGGUCAGCAGCUUGGACUGGCAGGUCUACUUUGCGGAGGAGCCGGAGCCGGAGGCUGAGACUGGAAGCUGCUCGGCCAACACAAGCAAACCAGCCGGCUGUUGACAGGUGGCUCUGGGAUGCUGCUGCAGACACAGUCAGACAAUUUCUGAGUCACCACCCAUGUCCCUCUCCUGGAGUCCCUGCCUGCACAGGAUUCCAGGCACCGGGGCAGGCCCACCGGUCCAGUGAGCUCAGCGCUGGAGCCCUCCUGGACCGGCGGCUGCCCUCACUCCCAACCCCUGCAGGACAGGGAGAUG